AUGUACCAAUAUCUUCAAUUUUGUCCUGUUUCAUUUAAGAAGAAAGGCUGUUAUCGAAAUAAUCAUCACGGUGAUUAUCAUCUUCACGAGCUACUCUUCACAGAUCGUGACAGCUCUUCCAGUGCGUUUUCUGGAAUCAAAAAAGCUUCAAAUGACUUGCAAAAUUAUGUCUUAAAGUUGAUUUGUCGAUGUGCAGAGAAAGCUAAUCAAAACCAAUUUACAUAUUUUGCCAUUCAGCACAAUGGAGAUUGUAAGAGUGGAGAUCAAACAUCGCUGAACAAUUAUAAAAGUGUAGAAAAGUCGAAAGCAUGCAUUUCUCAUGAUCUAUCACCUUGUGAAGAUAUUAGUUCUGUAUGUGUGGGAAAAAAUGGUUCUAACUUUGUGUACGAGAUAACUGGAGGUCCUGGCCCUGAGAAAAAGAGUUUUAUUGCCUUCAAAGAAACUGUAAAAGAACGUUGAGAAAAAUAUGAAACACGAGCUUAGAAAUCGCAAAUUGAAUUAAUAACGUAAAUUGUAUGGUUGUUUGAUUCUCUAAGUUACCUUUCAUUUACAAUGACCUCAAAUUUCAUCUCAUUAAAAAUCGUAUGAUUAUA